GAAAGGUUAGUGCGGCUGCUUGCAACGUUUCGGUUUCUGUUCCCAGCCGAAGAAACCACGGCGCUACAAAUGAGGGAUGAUUGAUCUCUUAAAUUCGAUAGAGGGCGUUGUAUUAGCUUCAAAGAUGGCUACCUCUCACAUCAAGUUGCCGCGGAGGCUUCCGCUUUUACUAAUUGAUGGAGUAUUAUUUCCAGGUGCAUCCAUUCGGAUACCUGUUUCAUCAGAGAAAAACAUGAAUAUGGUGAGGAACCAUUUACUUAGUCGAAGUACCCUCAGUAGUGCUAUUAUUGGAGUUGUACCUAGGGAAUUGCAUUCUUCUGACGAGGAUGAUGGCAACGUCCUGCAUUCUAUAGGAACAGCAGGUAUUGUUAUUCAAGUUACUGGUACAAAUUGGCCACGUCCAGCUUACACAUUACUUGUGACAGGCUUGUGUAGAUUUAAACUUGAAAGAAUUACUGAAAAAUCGCCAUAUUUAAUUGCUAGUGUGCGUCAGUUAGAUAGGUUACCUGGUGAAGAUUCGGAGGUUGAUGAACCAAAUACUGAGUUAUCGGAUUUAAUGGAACAAUUCAGAGAGCAAGCUACGAAGUUAAUUGACAUGCUUGAUUUGUCAGUGCCUGCUGUUGUAAGACUAAAGCGUUUAUUGAAUUCUUUGCCAACAGAGAGUUUACCAGAUGUAUGUGCUGCUAUUGUAAGAGCUUCUCAUUCUGAGCGGCUGCAGAUACUUGAUGCUGUUGACCUUGCUGAGAGAUUUAAAAAAACUCUUCCAUUACUUGUAAGGCAAAUUGAGGGACUACAGCUUUUACAAAAGGCUAGAAAAGAUGAAGUUGGCCCUUUAGAUAUCACAAAAAUCCCUAUUCCUAGAAGUAAAUUUUAUGAUGAUAUGGACAAAGGAGAUGAAAUUGCUGCACUAGAAAAGAAAGUGAGGGAAACUGAAAUGCCGGAACAUGCUAAAAAGUUAUCUCUGCGAGAAAUACAAAGGUUGAAAAAGAUGCCUCCUCAUAUGCCAGAUCAUGCAGUCACUAGGAAUUAUAUUGAACUUAUGACAGAGCUUCCUUGGGCCAAGUAUUCUCCAGAAGUGAUUGAUAUCAAUAAAUCUAGAUUAGAUUUGGAUGCUGAUCAUUAUGGAAUGCAGAAGUUGAAAAAACGAGUUUUGGAGUAUUUGGCGGUCAGACAACUUAAAAAUACUUUGAAAGGGCCAAUUUUGUGUUUUGUAGGACCACCUGGAGUUGGAAAAACAAGUGUUGGCAGAUCCAUUGCUCGAUCAUUGGGCCGAGAAUUUCACAGAAUAUCAUUAGGUGGUGUUUGUGACCAAGCAGAUAUCAGAGGCCACAGGAGAACUUAUAUUGGUUCCAUGCCAGGCCGAAUCAUCCAAGGUUUAAGAACUGUAGGUGUGAAAAAUCCAGUUUUCCUUUUGGAUGAAAUUGAUAAAAUGAGUACCGGAAUUCAUGGUGAUCCUGCUGCAGCUAUGUUAGAAGUAUUAGAUCCUGAACAAAAUUGUAAUUUUACAGACCACUAUCUUAAUGUUCCUUUUGAUUUAUCUCAAGUAUUAUUUAUUGCAACUGCCAAUACUGUCACUACUAUUCCUCCUGCACUCUUAGAUAGAAUGGAGAUAAUAACAGUGCCUGGAUACACUCAUGAGGAGAAGGAGCAUAUAGCACGGAAUCAUCUGGUCCCUAAACAGCUAAAAGAACAUGGGCUUACUCCUGAUAUGCUUCAGAUAACAGAUGAUGCUAUACAAACUAUUAUUUUGAAGUACACUAGGGAAGCUGGUGUUCGAGGAUUAGAAAGAAAAUUGGGUGCCGUAUGUAGAGCAGUUGCAGUUAAAGUUGUUGAGAAGCAAAGGGCAAUGCCACCUAAGGAAAGUGUUUUAGUCGAUGCUAAAAACAAACAAAACUCUGGAGUUCCAGCUAAUUGUGAAAAUGUGGCAAUGAGCCCUGUUUUUCAUCCUCCAGAACUUCCCUUUGUAUUAGAUAAAGAAGCAGUGAUGGACAUCUUAGGCACUCCUUUAUAUGACAGUACAGUUAUGGGACGUUUGGGUCAACCAGGUGUAGCUGUUGGUCUAGCUUGGACUGCAGCUGGAGGAGAAAUAAUGUAUGUUGAAGCCACAAAAAUAGAUGGUGAUGGACAGCUUAUAUUAACUGGCCAGCUUGGGAAAGUGAUGAAGGAAUCAGCACAGUUAGCUUUGAACUUAGUCCGAUCCCAUAUUCAUGAGUAUGGUAUAAAAAUACCCCAAGGUGCAGACUUAAUGGAAGGUACUGACAUCCACAUACAUUUCCCUGCUGGUGCAGUGGGAAAGGAUGGUCCAUCGGCUGGAGUUACCAUUGUUACUGUACUUGUGUCCCUAUUUACUGGGCGAAUUGUGAGAUCUGAUGUUGCAAUGACUGGGGAAAUCACCCUGCGUGGUUUAGUAUUACCAGUUGGUGGCGUGAAGGAAAAAGUUCUUGCUGCCCACAGAGCUGGCAUGAGAAGUUGUAUAUUGCCUAGUCGGAAUGAGAAAGACUUAGUUGAAGUUCCUCAGUCUGUAAAGAAUGACAUGAACUUCCAUUUGUGCUCACAUAUUAAUGAAGUCUUGCAAGCAGCAUUUGAAGGUGGUUUUGAUAUUAAACCCAAGGAAGAACAGCAGCAUAUAAAGAGUAAACUCUGAAACAGAAUUACUGUGAUAUUACUACAGAAUCUGUUUAUUUUGAAUGCAAGAUAUGUGUAUCUGUAUAUGAAGAAUAUACAGAUAAUUAAGAGAUGCUACUUUUUUACCUGUUUUUCAUAUCAAUGCUUAUGCAAUUUAUAUACACAACUUAUCAAAGUGUGUAUAGCUGUUAAAUUUCUAACCUUACUUUUCAUUUUUUAAAUUAAGUAAAAAAAUUUGUAAAUUUCAUUUAACAUUUUUGUGCAAUAUUCAAGAAUAUGUUCAUUUUCUUACGACUUUGUAUAAACUGUAACAAAAUGUGUAUUUUGUAAAUAAAAAGAGAGUAUUUUUUUAA